AUGAAUGAGGAUCUUUUCUACGAUAGAUUGCACCAACGAUGUCCCAGAAAGUACCUGUUAGAAGAGUUGGAAACAAGCGAACCUAACGUAGUCCUGCAUGCAUCAAGGUUUGUUUUUGAAAUGGAACGGGUGCAAAAGACGAACGCAUAUUAUUGCAAAUCCAUAAUCAAAACGCUCUUAGACAAUGAAUGUAUCUUUGCUAAGGCACUCACAAUUAUCAAUGAUGGCGAAGACGAGAUCGAGAUAUCUGAUUAUCUCUAUGAGAAGUACAUAGAGCUACUAAGCGUAGGCAAGCCAAAUCCGAUGAUGAAAGACGUCGUAAGAUACAGGUUUGACGAGGAGGUAAAGGUCAAAAUUGAGGAAACGCCGAAUUUGAUCAGUGCGGCCAGUACCACAGGUUUCAGAACAUGGGAGGCUGCCCUAUACAUGGGACAUUUUCUCAUUCAUAAGCCGUUGCAAGAGUUGGCACUAAUACAAGGACAAGAGAAGAACAAGAAGAAAUUGAACGUUCUAGAGAUCGGCGCUGGGACAGGCAUAGUGAGUCUCGUCCUUUUGCAGAGAUAUCGCGAGUUCGUGAAUAAGAUGUACGUGACGGAUGGCGAUUCAGAUCUCGUUGAGACACAGCUGAAAAGGAAUUUUGAAUUGAACGAUGGAUUACGUGAGAACAAGCCAGACAUCAAGUUACAAAAGCUAUGGUGGGGUAGCGACAGAAUUCCUGAGGAUAUAGAUUUAGUGGUUGGGGCGGAUGUUACAUACGACCCAACCAUCCUUCCUGAUCUGUGCAAGUGCUUGGCCGAAUGUCUUGCCAUAAACCGGUGUAAAAUGUGCCUCCUAUCUGCGACAAUCAGAAGCGAGUCCACUGUCAAACUGUUUUCUCAAGAGUGCAAUAAACUCGGCCUAAAAUGUAUCAUAAUUACCAGCACCGAGUUUGACGAGAAUAACGAGGCCCGCAUGAAGAAAGCCCUACAAUUCAAACCUUUGAUUGCACCCAUACGAAUCUACAAGAUCAUGAAACAAUAG